AUGCCCUCCCAGGCCCACCCAGUGGGUGGUAUGCCCUCCCAGGCCACAGUGGGUGUCCUAUGCCCUCCCAGGCCCACCCAGUGGGUGGUCCUAUGCCCUCCCAGGCCCACCCAGUGGGUGGUGCCCUCCCAGGCCACCCCCUCCCAGGCCCACCCAGUGGGUGGUCCUAUGCCCUCCCAGGCCCACCCAGCCCACCCAGUGGGUGGACCUAUGCCCUCCCAGGCCCACCCAGUGGGUGGUCCUAUGCCCUCCCUCCCAGGCCCAGGCCACCCAGUGGGUGGUCCUAUGCCCUCCCAGGCCCACCCAGUGGGUGGUCCUAUGCCCUCCCAGGCCCACCCAGUGGGUGGUCCUAUGCCCUCCCAGGCCACCCAUGUCCCCUCCCAGGCCCACCCAGUGGGUGGUCCUAUGCCCUCCCAGGCCACCCAGUGGGUGGACCUCCCAGGCCCACCCAGUGGGUGGUCCUAUGCCCUCCCAGGCCCCCCAGUGGGUGGUGCCCUCCCAGGCCCACCCAGUGGUCCUAUGCCCUCCCAGGCCCACCCAGUGGGUGGUCCUAUGCCCUCCCAGGCCACCCAGUAUGCUAUGCCCUCCCAGGCCACCCAGUGGGUGGUCCUAUGCCCUCCCAGGCCCACCCAGUGGGCGCACCCAGUGGGUGGUCCUAUGCCCUCCCAGGCCCACCCAGUGGGUGGUCCUAUGCCCUCACAGGCACACCCAGUGGGUGGUCCUAUGCCCUCACAGGCCCACCCAGUGGGUGGUCCUAUGCCCUCCCAGGCCCACCCAGUGGGUGGACCUAUGCCCUCCCAGGCCCACCCAGCCCACCCUAUGCCCUCCCAGGCCCACCCUAUGCCCUCCCAGGCCCACCCUUGGGGCUGCACCCCUGCCUAG